GUUGGAAGCCCUCACAGCAAAACAAAAGAUAUAGAUAGAUAAAACAGAUGAGAAGAUGAGAUGAGGAUGUUUGGAAACCAAUCUCACUCCUCAACAACAAAUAAGAAACAACAAGGACAGAAAAGAGGAUGGUUUGUCUGCGGUGGCAGCUUAAAGCCUGAGAAUUUAAUUCCAGGAAUUAUUAUUGGUUUCAUUUUUGGUGUAUUAUUCGACUUUUCAUCCAAACUCAAUCCAACAAGCAACAGGAGGAGGAGGAGGUCCAUCUUAUCAUCAUCAUCAUCAUCAUCAUCAUCAUCAUCAUCCAAUACCCACAAUGAUCAUGAUCUCAAAAUGGUUCUCGUUGUGAGACAAGACUUGAAGAUGGGACAAGGAAAGAUUGCAUCUCAAUGUGCUCAUGCUGCGACAGGUUUAUAUUCUGAUUUAAUUCAAAGUGAUCGGAAUCUUUUGCAUCGGUGGGAGCAAUGCGGGCAGGCCAAAAUAGUGGUCACAUGUAAAAAUCAACAAGAAAUGAAUAAGCUACAGGAAACAGCUGAAGGAAUUGGCCUUCCAACUUAUGUUGUAGCUGAUGCAGGACGCACACAGGUUUCGGCCGGGUCAAAAACAGUACUUGCUAUUGGGCCUGGUUACAAGUCUAUAGUUGAUUCGGUAACAGGGAAGCAACGCCUUCUUUAGCGUAGAAGUUAGUGUUCAAUUUCAAAAGUCACCAUAUUCUUGCCUUUAUCGUUGGAAGAAAUCACUAUUUGUGUCAAGACCUAAUCAAUGUUUUGGAGGCAAGUGUAGCAACGGCCAGGGUGUGAUUACGAUGGGUGGUCGGUGAGCAUUUCAAUUAUCUCGAAGCACCAGAUAUUGUUCUGUCUCAAUAAAAAUACUUUGAACUACCAUUCUCUUUUGAUAUUAAGGUGUUUAUUAGAGACUAGGAAGUUGUGUUGAUCUUGUGUUCUACCAGUAUAAUAUGGAAGUAUUUUUUAAGUAGUAUUUCAAAGCAAUGAUACACUUAUAAUUGUGGUAGUGAAUACUUAGUUUUGCUGGUUGAAAGCUAAA